AUGGGCGUAUUUGGAAGCAUGCGGCCACUUCGUCUGAUUGCUCUGCUUUCGUGCUCAACUUCUGCUCUGUUCGUAUUCCUUUUUAAGUAUUAUGAUAUCGAAAAUAAGACAAUGAUGAUGGAUGACGGCUUACCGAAAAUGAUGAAGAACUGCUCGGAUGUGCUGGCACGCGUCGACCCUCCGUUCCAAGCGCUUCUUAUUGACGAGAGAAUAAUUGAACGUCUGAGUAGAACUGACUGUGGAACGACACCCACCCAGAUCCGACUGGGAGUAGAUAUGGAGCUGUUUCCUUCGGUUGGAAAAAAGAACUAUUCCGAUUAUGAGAUUGUCUACUACCAAAAUUUGACGGACAAAGAUUACCUCCGGUUCAACAGUUCACCAACGAGAAUCAUUCCAAGGAUUCCGAUUUGGGUCCACGGAAAUCUCUCAAUUCCGUCGGAUACAAAGCACUUUCUCGAGUUCUGGAAGCGUUCCAAACUGGUGAAAUGUCGAGGCAUGAAGGUCGAUCGAAACAUUCAAAGUCGUAUUCUUCCGAUAGAGAAGACGCUAAAGGCAAUGUCCUCACUGAUGUCUUAUAUCACGAACUUCGACAUAUACCCAUUCCUCAAUGGCGGCACUUUACUAGGCUGGUAUCGUGAAUGUGACAUCAUUCCUCACACAACAGAUGUCGACUUCGCUGCUCUGAUCGAGGAACACAAUCCGGAUCUUCUCACGAAUCUCCAAAACAACGGAACAAAAUUUCGCCUCACCAGAAUACUCGGACGGGUCAACGACUCGUACGAGUUCACAUUUAAACCAUUGGAUAGUGAUCGGCUCUCCGUCGACCUUUUCUGGAUGUACAGUUCUGAAAACGAUUCUUGGGUUGGAGGAACGUCAAGCGAUGGGUCAAAGUACAAGUACACUUACCCAAAGUGUGUAAAUCACGACUUAGUGACAAUAUGUCCAAUAUAUUGA